AGACGAAUGUCUCGCAAGACGAAAAACUCGCUAGACGAAAGGGUUUUCCGUUUUUCGAGCUGCUUCGCAAGACGAAUUUCCCUAUGGGCUUGCUUCGCAAGACGAAAACGUCUUGCAAGUUUGUUUCCUUUUUCGUAAAACCGUUAAUACCCAGGGUGCAUUGCUUGAAGAGGUUCAGUUGCGACUUGACUUCGAGGAGCAACACAUAGCACGCGUUGUGGUAGCCUUUUUUGAGGUGUUUGAAGACUUUGCUGAAUUUUUGAAGCUUUUCCAAAACUUCUUUUGCAGCCAUUUGCCAUUUGAGGAUUUUGAAGACUUUGCUGAUUUGCAGCCAUUUCGUAAGUUAAACUUUUAAAAGUUUUUUGGGGGGUUUUGGAUUUUGGGUUGGGUGUUUGGAAUUCAAGGACUUGGUUCUGGGUUUGAAUUGCUGAUUUUUUUUUUUCUUUUUCUGAGUUUACGAAGGUAGGAGCUGUGCUGCUAUGGGACCCAAGAAGACUGCUGCUGCAGAGGCCGGCAAGAGGAAGAAGGAGAAGGUGACGCUGGAAAUGAAGAAGGAGAUCAUCCGGAAGCACGACGGUGGAAUGCGUGUGACAAACCUCGCCAGGGAGUACGGCAGGAACCCAUCGACCAUCGGCACCAUCCUGAAGAUGAGGGAGAAGAUCCUUGCGACUGAUGCAGCCAAGGGAGUCACCAGGAUCGUGAAGAACCGCCCAGCUGUUCUGGAGGAGGUCGAGAAGUUGCUGCUCAUCUGGUUAGAAGAGAAGCAGCGUGCAGGGGACACAGUGACUGAGGCCGUCAUUUGUGAGAAGGCCAAGGCCUUGCACGCAGACCUCGUCCAGGAACAGCCAGGAACCUCAGGCGACCCAGAAGUCUUCAAGGCAAGCAGAGGUUGGUUUGACCGGUUCAAGGCAAGAUCUGGAAUCCACAGCGUGGUCAGGCAUGGAGAGGCUGCCAGUUCUGAUGUUCCUGCGGCUGAAGAGUUUGAGUCCCAGGACAGCGCUGAUGCCGUAGUGCGAGGCGUUGCAUGCUGGCACCACCGGCGGCCUCUCGGCGAAGUGUGCCAAGACCGAGUUUGA